AUGUGGAAGUUCAGCCUCGCGGCUAUCAGGGCGGCCCUAUAUGAUGUGGACCCCGACCUCAGGCGCUUCAAAGACCACCUGGACUACCGCUGGAGCCGCUACCAGGCGGCGCGGCAGGAGAUCCUGGGCUCUGGCUUUGAAAGCAUCGCCGACUUUGCAAAGGGCUACGAGCAGCUGGGGUUCACCAGGCAGGGCGGCGCCACGGUGUACCGCGAGUGGGCGCCCGCGGCGACGGCGGCGGCGCUUAUCGGCGACUUCAGCGGGUGGCAGCCCGUGUGGAUGGAGAAGGGCGAGUUCGGGGUCUGGAGCGUCACGCUGCCGGACGGCCCCGACGGGCCCGCCAUCCCGCACGGCAGUCGCGUAAAGGUGCGGCUGCAGACCUUCCAGGGCUGGUGGGCCGACAGGGUGCCGGCUUGGAUCAAGUAUGCAACCAUCCCUGCCGGUGAGAUGGGUGCCAAAUACAACGGCGUCUACUGGGACCCUCCAAAGGGAGAGAAGCACGAGUGGGUGCACCCGCGGCCCGCCAAGCCGCGCGGCCUGCGGAUAUACGAGGCCCACGUCGGCAUGGGCGGGGAGGCCGAGAAGGUGUCCACCUACCGCGAGUUUAUCGAGGCUGUGCUGCCGCGCAUCAAGGCCCAGGGCUACAAUGCCAUCCAGCUCAUGGCCAUACAGGAGCAUGCCUACUAUGCCAGCUUUGGCUACCACGUGACCAACCCCUUCGCCGUCAGCAGCCGCAGCGGCACGCCAGAGGACCUCAAG